GCGCGGAGGAGGAGGGGGUGGAGGCUUCGCAACCGAUUUAAAAUAAUUUUUUAAAAAAGGAGAAAAAAUGAGGCAAAAGAUCUUCUUCUGAUGAGGCCAAGUGGACAAUGGGCGCCUUCCUUCACGAAACAAUUAAUAUACGCUCUAUAAAACUACCAAAAAUUUAAUUGGAGUUCCCCCCCCCCCGAAGGUUCUAUUAUUGCGUCUGGUUGUGGUGGGGGAUCUAAAUUUAAGGAGAAAAAUAAUCUUUUAUUCUAUUUUUUCUUGAUAUAAUUAUCUGUAAGCAGAUUAUUUGUUGGAAGGAAUAAAUUUUGUUCCACACCAAAAAGAAGACUGGCAAGGGGUUUAAGAAGAAUAGGAGGGAGGGUUACAAUGGUUGAACAGUCCAGAGGGGCUUUAUCCGGACUGUGAGGGGGUUAAAACUUUUACCCCCUUCCUUCAGCCCCAAGGAACCAACAUCCUGCAGCCUCUAAUUUCGUUUUAAUUAUGGAUACAGGCAAGGGUGACUCCUCCUUGCUGGUUCAAGGCUGCUUGGGUAUUUUCUCCAUGUCCUCUCCUUUAAGAGCUUGGCGUACAGUGUCUGUCCGUCCCAUGCUUGAGAAUUGAAGAGGCGGGGGCUCUGCAAGGUGCCAAGAGACUGUCUGCACGUCAUGUCCUAGGCUGAGGCGUCCCCCCCCCCCCCCCACCCUGGCAAUUGGUUGAUCGGAACAGAAGGGAGGACUUCGGCCGUUGCGGGAGCACAGGAUGGCCACGGACCCGGGAGAGCCAACUGGCCCCGGGGGCUCCAGCAAGCCAAGGGGUAUGACCCCCAGUGAGGGCUCGGCUGACAGCGAGACCAACCCCACGGCUGCUGCACCUGGCAGAACUGAGAAGGCUGGCGACCCCCUACCCCUGGCUGAGAACCACCGCUUUGUGCGGCGGAGCAUAGAUUUGGCGGAGCGGGAUGGGCCCACCCGUCCGCCCGCCUGCGCUGCCGUGCCGGAAGGCAAGAGCGACGCUGCCACUACAGCCAAGACAGCGGCCGACGUCGCCAAAGACUCAUCCAGGGACAGGACCGAGAAGGAGAACGAGGAGGAGGCCGAGAUGAAGGCGGUCGCCACCUCUCCAGGAGGCCGCUUCCUGAAGUUUGACAUCGAGCUUGGGCGAGGGGCCUUCAAGACUGUGUACAAAGGGCUAGAUACCGAGACUUGGGUGGAAGUUGCUUGGUGUGAGCUGCAGGACAGAAAACUCACCAAAGCCGAGCAGCAGAGAUUCAAGGAAGAGGCAGAAAUGUUGAAGGGCUUGCAGCACCCGAACAUUGUGCGCUUCUACGACUCGUGGGAGUCGACGCUGAAGGGGAAAAAGUGUAUAGUGCUGGUAACGGAGCUUAUGACGUCCGGGACCCUAAAGACGUACUUGAAGAGGUUUAAGGUGAUGAAGCCCAAGGUCCUGCGCAGUUGGUGCAGGCAGAUCCUGAAGGGCCUGCAGUUCCUACACACUCGCACUCCACCCAUUGUCCACCGCGACCUCAAAUGUGAUAACAUCUUCAUCACAGGGCCCACCGGAUCUGUCAAAAUCGGAGACCUGGGACUGGCAACAUUGAUGCGCACGUCUUUUGCUAAAAGUGUGAUAGGAACUCCAGAAUUCAUGGCUCCGGAGAUGUAUGAAGAGCAUUAUGACGAAUCCGUCGACGUUUACGCCUUUGGGAUGUGCAUGCUGGAAAUGGCUACCUCAGAAUACCCCUACUCCGAAUGCCAGAACGCUGCCCAAAUCUACCGGAAAGUAACCAGUGGCAUUAAACCGGCAAGCUUCAAUAAGGUGAGCGACCCCGAGAUCAAGGAAAUCAUCGAAGGAUGCAUCCGACAGAACAAGUCAGAAAGGCUUGCCAUAAAGGACCUCCUGAGCUACGCUUUCUUUGCCGAGGACACGGGCUUGCGGAUCGAACUGGCCAAAGAGGACACCAGGCAGGACUCCUCGCUCGCCCUCCGCAUCUGGGUGGAAGACCCCAAGAAGCUGAAAGGCAAGCACAAGGACAAUGAGGCGCUGGAGUUCAGCUUCGACCUGGAGCAGGACACCCCUGAGGAGGUGGCACAGGAGAUGGUCCGGUCGGGCUUUUUCCACGAGAGCGACUCCAAGCUGCUGUGCAAGUCCAUCCGCGACCGGGUCUCCUUCAUCAAGCGGAAGCGCCAGAGGACGCAGCAGAUCCGCGAGGUCGAGGAGCAGGAGAAGCUGCGCCCUCAGCCGGAGCAGCAGCCGCCGGCCCCGGUGACCCCCGGCUGGCACCAGCACCCGCCCGAGUCCGAGGACCCGGAGGUCGACCAGCAUGUGCUGCAGAGUAAGCUGCUCGCCAACACUGUUUCAAUUGACAGUGUCUCAGACAGCAACCCACCCUCUGCCGUGUGCUCUGAGUCUCAGGGAGGCGUGGGUUUCAUCACCGCAGUUGCCUCUGCCGCAGAGCCUGGCACGUGUGCGCCACGGGUCUCCUCGGGUUCCAGCGUGGAGUCGCACCACCCUUCGGCGGGACUCCCUCAGCCGCAGCAGCAGGCCGUAGCAGGAUACCAGCAAUCAGCUGUGCCCCUGAGCCAGCCGGUGGUUCCUGAUUCCCAGAGGCCCAUGAGACAGGUGCAGGAUAACCAGAGUGGGACUCCUGACACGGUUAAAGAAGUCUCCAAUGGCAGUGACCUUGGGAACGGAAAGCCCGAGAAGCCCCAGAAGUCUCAGCUGAGGAGGCCUUCCUGCGCACGGGAAAGGCCGGAGAAGUCGACCAAGUUCCAGCUGACUGUCUUGCAGGUUUCCAGCGAGGGUGACAACAUGGUGGAGUGCCAGCUGGAGACACACAACAACAAGAUGGUUACUUUCAAGUUCGACGUGGAUGGGGACGACCCUGAAGACAUAGCCAUCUACAUGGUGCAAAACAACUUCAUGCUGGAGCUUCAGAAGGUGAAAUUCAUUGAGGAGAUGAGAACCAUCAUUGCCAAUUCCCUAGAGAUUGUGCGAAGUUCGUCGGAGGCCGAUCGGGGGGUGGACAGCACUCCUCAUCACCCCUUAGCAGGCACCGGGCAGCCUGACCACAGCAUGCACACAGGUGCAGAGCAGUUGCAGAUGAACCAAGCACUCUCACAGCCUUGUGGUGAGGCUGGCCCGCACUUCUCAUCUGUUGGACGAUGGAGAUUCUUCAUUAAUCAGAAGGUCAUGACCCAUGAAGCGGAGAUUCCAAGCGAUCACCAGCUCAGCGCAGAAGCCGACCCCGAAAGCAAAAGUCACGAGGCAACCCACCCAACGACGUCGAGUUCCCUGGAAGACAUGAAGCGGAUCCCAACGGACAGCGUCGUCCCCAGCGGCCUGACGCCUUGCAGCAGUUCCUCCUCCUCAUCCUCCUCUUCAUCCUCCUCCUCCUCUUCCUGCGGUGACGACUGCCCGACGAUCCCCGCCCCUGACCGAGGGCAGCAGCCGGGUGUCCAGCCCUCCUCCGUGCCCGAGUCGGAUGGUGAGGGCCCCCCUCGGCUGGGCUAUGCCGACCACUGCAUCAAGAAGCUGGACGCGAAGCUCCGUACCCUGCUGUACCAGGAGCACGGCGGGCAGCCUGGGGCGUCCGAGGCCCCCCUGUCGAGUGGGGAACCGCCCCCUAUGGACGUUGACCCAGGCUUGACCUCCGAGCCUCUGGAACGGUGCCUGGGAUCACCCAACCGCUCAUCCACUGGUGCAGCAGAGAAGUCUCUUCCACAGGAGAAGGUCACCUCUGAGCCUUCGGAGCCCGGGGCGCGGACAUCACCGCUAUCAGUGGGAGUCACUCUGAGCCAGACAGGAGCUGGUGACAGUCAGACCAACCUUGGAGGCAAGGACCUUGCUGGGACGGAGCAGAGCAGCGCCCAUGGAGGAUUCCCAGAUGACCAAUCCCUUGUGUGUGGGCAGGCGGGGCGAUUUCGGAUCUCUGCAUCAUCACCCCAUCCUGAAGGAGCCAUCCCACCUGCCGAACACUCGCCCCACCACCCAAAGGAUGACCCCAGCCAUCGCUCCCCAACCAUCACCCCAUCCAGGGGUGCCCCUCCACGGGCUGAGUCCACCCCCAGGGGCUGCGAUGCUCUCGACGGGCCGCUGCACCUGCCGCCGGGCUGGUACGAGGAGGAGGAGGCGUCCAGCGGCCUCCUCGGCAAGCAGCCCAGCACUGAUAGUGACCCGGCCGGUUGGCCACACCCUGUUGCCGGCCGACCUCCAGCCCUCCCCUGCCACUCGCUCUCCUCCCCCAUGAGCAGUGACGAUGAGUCAGAGGUGGAGGACGAGGACCUGAAGCGAGAGCUACAGAGACUCCGGGAGAAGCACAUAAAGGAGGUGGUGCACCUGCAGGCCCAACAGAAACAGGAACUCCAGGAGCUGUACAGGCGCCUCCAACCCAACAGCGAGUCGUCUGAGGACUCACUCCAGGCUUACUCCCCGACAGGCCGCCGGUCGCGCUCGGCCAGAAGCAAAUCCCGUGGCGCCAAGCCCCACUCUCUGGCUGCCACCCCCACCAGCACAGGGUUAUUCUACAGCGGGGAGUCCCAACUGGCGUCCGGGACCAAGAAGGGGACUUUCACGGAUGAGCUGCACAAGCUGGUGGACGACUGGGCAAAGGAGAAGAUGGGCGCCGCCAACACCAAGCCCAGCCUGAACGAGAUCAGGCAGAUUCAGUGCAGGCAGGACCUCGAGAGCUGGCAGCAACUCGGUGAUCGGAAUUCUCAGUCUCCUCAGGUCACCGGCUGGAUCCCCUCGCAGGGGGCACCCCCACGGAGCUCGUUCCCGGCCACCUCUGGACCCCCGUGCCAGCCUGCCCCACCCCAACCCCAAUCCCAAACUCUAAACCCCAGCCAGCCCCCCACUCUGCCCGCUGCCCAGCCCCGGGCCAAGUAACUCCAUGCCAGGUGUCGUCCUGGCAAGGGGGAGAGUGGAACCCCAAACCCCGACACCACCAUCCCACCCUUCCCUACUGCAGUUCAGAGGUUCUCAGACGUUGCCCCUACCCCACUAGCUGGGUUCAAAACUGCUUUCCCCUCUCCCCUGGGGCCCUUUCACCACUCCUCCCUCCAGAAUACCAAGAUUCUGUGGGCAGGUCCCUCAGAAAUGAAACUAGGGGGCUGAGAUUUGGGUGGAGGGUUAUGGGUUUUUUUUUCACUUUGCAAGUUAGCCACCACCUUGCUCGUCACCUACUUUACAUUCCAACCCGCCCCCCCCCCCCCACAACCCGCUGCCUCUUUAUCCCUCAAAACUAAAGCUGAAGAGGCAUCUGAAGACCAAUAAGCGACAUGUGAAUGGAGAAAGACCGGACGUGUGCAGGAAUCUGGGACAUGGUCCCAAUGAUCCAUCAAUUAACACAGCACCACCCCCCCCCCCCCCACACACACACACACACACACACACACACACUUGGCUGCGUCGGGCCAUGACGGAUGCUCAUGCUGCUCGGUGGGCCGUGGAAGAAUCACUUUUCCUUCAUAAAACUCAUUUUCUGCACUGGAAUCAGAUAUUUCAGUUUCUCUGCCCCCCACCCCUGCUUCCCCAAUCCCAUCUGUCUCCCAUCUCCACACUCCUACUUCCUCUCCCUCUCACCUCCCCCUCCCCCUCCUUUCACCUUACCCUCGCCCUCUGUUCUCCCUCCUCUCACCUUCUUCCUUUCCCACACUCUCUAUCCCUUGCCCCUCUCCCUACCCUAGCCCCCCCUCCCCGAUCGCAGGCUGUUCUACCGGUUCCACUCUAGAAUGCUCGUGGGCAGACCGACACGCUACACCCUCACCAUUCCCCAGCCAGGGUUUGUUUGACAGAUCCACCCGCUGCCCGGCCUCCUUCCCCAGUGAGGGGCGUGUGUCGGGAAGAUCAAGGCUCAACGAUGGAGCAGGAGGUGGUUGUUGGGGUUUCAAUGGGAUCUCCAGGGCAGAGACGGCACAGUUCGGGGCAGGGUAGCGGUCAGAGCGAGCGAUGGCAUCGUCAGGAAGCUUCUGUCCUCCCCAACCUCCGCCUUGUUGUCCGAGGCCCAGUAGCACGCCGUCAAGUCACUCCCUCCCCACUCCAAUCCCGGGGCGUUCAUUGUCAGAGUCACUUCCCACCCUGUUGGGGGCUUGAAUCUACCCGCAAGGGAAUCCCUAACAUCUGACUCCACCCCAAAGCAAGAGGCAUGUCCGCAGGGUGUCUGACCUUGGCGAGGGGGGUGGGGGAGAGGGGAGAAACAAGGUCUAUUCCCGCCCACCUCCACUUAAUAAUCUCACUUCCCUUCUCCUCUCAACCCACUCCCUUCUCUUUUCACCCUCCCCCACCUCUCCCGUGUCUCCAUCCUCCUCUCAAACACCACUGCCAUCUCUCCUGUGUCAGUAGACCCAUCGGCUACCCUCCCCAUCCACGAGAGACAAUUCUGCAUAAGUUCCAGUGCACGUUUCUGCCCCACUUUGUGUUUUAAUUAUUUGAUGACACUGUGGUCCGUGCCUUCUACCCAUCCCGGUCCCAACUGUGUCUCAUACACAGUUCUACUGUCCCCUUCUACUUCUCCCCACCUCCUCUGCCUCUCCAUCUCACACACCACAACGUUAGCCAGCCCCCCGGUCUGUAAGUCCUGCCCGCCCGGGUCGACCAUCUACUACGGCUCGCGAUUUCUUUUUUCUCGAAACGAAACUGUGAAAUUUUAAACGGGUUUGUGAAAGAAUUUUCAAAGCUGUGGCCCGCCAAGACCGGCCACUCAGUUACCUGUUGAUAAUGUGUCACGUUCUACUGUUACGAUUGUAGUCUGUAUUUAAUUUCCUUCCACAAUUUCUUUUUCAGUUUACUGAUCACAGUUGCUGGGGAAAGGGGUGUGUUGGGGAGAUGGGGAGAGAGACGGGAGGGUCUGCUAAAUGCUAAUUCGUUCAGCGUCUCUAGUCUGGGCCACCACAGAUUCAGGUCACUGGGGUCUGGGACUGCGGCACAUGGGCCUGUCACUGUACAACACUGAUGUGGAUGGGUCUGUCACUGUAUAACACUGGGGUACGGUACCGGUGGGGACAGGUUUGUCAUUGUAUAAUACCGGGGCACAAUACCGGUGGGGGCGGGUCUGUCAUUCUGUAAUACCAGGAUACGGUAGCGGUAGGGAUGGGUCUGUGACUGUGUAACACAGGGUAUGGUACAGUAGGGACAGGACUGUCACUGUGUAACACUGGGGUACAGUACCAGUGGGGACGGGUAGGUUCCUGUGUAACACCGGGGUACGGUACCGGUGGGGACGGGUAGGUCCCUGUGUAACACCGGGGUACAGUACCGGUGGGGAUGGGUCUGUCACUGUGUAAUACCAGGAUACAGUAGCAAUGGGGACGGGUAGGUCCCUGUGUAACACCGGGGUACGGUACCGGUGGGGGCAGGUAGGUCCCUGUGUAACACCGGGGUACGGUACCGGUGGGGACGGGUAGGUCCCUGUGUAACACCGGGGUACAGUACCGGUGGGGAUGGGUCUGUCACUGUGUAAUACCAGGAUACAGUAGCAAUGGGGACGGGUAGGUCCCUGUGUAACACCGGGGUACGGUACCGGUGGGAGACAAGUCUGUCACUGUGUAACUCCGGUGUGUUCCCACUCGAUGGACAUGCAUUGCCUCUUUUUUAAAAAAACGGAUUGUGUAAAGCUCUCCUGGAAAGCAGUUUCCACUGCCCUACACCUCUGUUGCAUGUCUCUUUCCCCCUACGUGGUACAUGGUCAGUCAGGUGAGGAGUUCCUCCGACAGCCAGGCAGGGACGGUGUGGAACGAAUGGAUCCCUCGUCUUGUGUUGGUGAACGGUUUAUGUUGAAAGAUAUGACAAACAGUAUUACUGGCCAGCUGAAAAAUGUGAUUUAUUUUUAUUUUGGUUUGGCGUUGCUUGUACAACCGUUAUUUUUUAAAAGAAACUUACUGUGAAUUGAGUAGUGUGCAAACAAUGCAUCUCUCUCUCUCUUUCUCCCUAUCUCCUGAAACAGGAGGAUUUUUUUCGGUGUAAAGUUAAAAGCAUUCCUCCAAGUUGAAAUGCAUGUGCAAGAUUACUUUUGUAUCUUUCUAAACUUAGACGGGAUGAAAACGAAAAAAAAACAAGAAAACAGACCGAAGCUCGUGGUGGUAGUUUAUUCUGGUGUCCUCAUUUUGUUUGGCCUGAAUUUUUAAUUUUUAUUUGUAGAUACAUAAAUAACCUGGCCCAACAAGUCCGCACGGACAGUUGAUUUAUUAACCCGUAGUUUUGGGAUGUGGGAAGAAACCAAAGCACCCGGAGGGAAACCCACAGGGUCAUGGAGUGAGCAUUCGGGCAGUGGCGGGAUUCGAACUUGAUUCGCUGGCCAGUAAUAGCCUAUUACACAGCCAAUAAUUCCUAUUGCCGUAAAAACGUAAAUAGGAUCAGGAGUAGGCCAUCUGGCCUGUGAAUCCUGCUUCGCCAUUCAAUAAGAUCAUGGCUGAUUUGACUAUGGAAUUUCUCCACCUCCUUGCCUUUUCCCCAUAACCCUUAAUUCCCCUGCUAUGC